CCGCCGAAUGGUGCAGUGCUAGGCUAAUGGACCUCUGCAGCUCUCCACCUGGACACAGACUGACUCCCCCUCUGUAUUUAUUCUAUUACCUUGGUAGCCAUUUUACGGAAGUGAGCAGAGGUAAUCAGACACCUGCGGUGCCGGGCUCUGCAUGUCCCCUCCCAGGAAGGGAGGAACCUGAAGGGAGGCGUCCCCAGACUGGAUAGACCAGUGAGACACAUUUUUUUCCAACCUGAGGUGUUUUUUUUUUUUUUUUUCUCACACAGCAGCACACAGGGCUUCCCUGUGAACCGAAAGACGGAGACAAACUAGAAGUACAGUUUAGUCAUGGACUCUGUAUACAUACUCUAUGCCAGCAUAUAGAGAAGGAUAACGCACAACUUUAUGGAUAAUACCGCUCAACUUGUCGGAACAGUUAGGAAUGCUUUUGUGAAAAGCAGGUGAACUCUGCUCUCCCAGGGAGAUUACAACAGGACAUGCUUCCAGCCGCUAAACAGCUUGUCUUUACUUGCAGCGUCAUGUGAUCUUGCUCGCACAGAGGAGGCUGAACUGUGCUACUGACAACAUACUGUCAGUAAUAGACUCUAUUUGAUAUUCUGAAAGUCUACUACGUAGAAUCUGUUUGUGCCUCACUAAACAGGAAUAGAGGAUAGUGUUGUUGUAAAUGGUGCCCUCCUGGACAAGGUAAAAGGAGCUGGGGAGAUUUGUCCAUACAAAGGUCUUUUGUUCCUAGCCAGCGGUAGAGGUGGAAAAGGAGCAGCUUGGAUAACUGGAGGUGGGGACAUUUGUGACAUUUUCAAUGGACAUUUUGCCAGAGCUACUACCUGUUUUGGUUUGCCUCUCUUUGGUCUCAGUGUGACACGCAAAAAUGGACAGUGUGGAUAAUAACUCAGAUGGACCACGGAGGCAGCCCGCUAGUUCCCUCCUGAAUGUCUUCAGCAGUUUCUUCGGCCGAGAUACACCUGCCCCUUCAGACGCUGAGUCGGCUGUGCUGACGUCUUUCAAGGAGCUGUCGGAUGAGGAGAAUCUUUUUCCUGAAGGCUGUCAAACCACUAACCAUGAGAAGAAGCUCCAAGGGAGGGACUGUAUUCAUCAGAAUAAUGUGACUGCUUCCUGUGAUACAGGGCAGCGGGCUGAAUUACUGGAAGCUGGAGCCUUGGUUGAUCUAGAUCUGGUCCAGGUCACGAGGGUGGAAACGUAUAGUGACAAUGAGGAAAAUGAGGAUGAGAAGGCGGGCAACAGGAGCGCCAGUCUGUUGGAAAAGCUUGCCAGGACCAGGGAGCCUUCCCUACCUGAGAAGGGUAAUAAUACAGUGGAGCAUGGUGAUGGAGAGGAGCUAAAAGGUGCCAGUGAGGCAGAAGCAGAGUACCAAGUGCCUGUGUUUAGAACACACAAAUUUGAGGAGAGAUCACUAGCUAGUCUAUAUUCAGACAGGUUUGUCAACAGAAAUAACUCGAGGCCAGUUCUGGUCUCUUCAGUUUCCAAACAGGCAGAUGGCUUCAGUCCCAAGGAGCACACCACCACAGUGUCUUUGGAUGUAGAAACAUCUGGUGUGGGAGAGAAUGGUAGAGACAAUGUGGGAAACAAUGAGAGUGAAGAGUUUGCCAGCAUAGAUUGUUCUCUGCCUGUUCCUUCUAUCAUCUCCGGACAUCUGGCUUUGGAGGCCUCAGGUCAAAAUGCUGCAACAGCCUCUCCUUUAAAGCAGGAUUUCGAUAGAACACAGAAGGAGGACACCCAUGAGCAAAGGGCUGAGGAUGGGACUGAGGAACCUCACUCCAGCCAGGUGUCCUCCUCUGUUCCCUCCAGCCCUGAGGCUCCCGAAGUUUCAGUCCAAUCAUCCUCCAGUCCAGAGGAGCCGUCAAACUCUGCUUUUAUCACAAAUCACCCUACAGGGUUUAAAAAAAACAUGUCACUGUCAUCUGCAACUGAAGAGUCCCCAGGUGAUAUCCAGCCAAGUACCAGUCCUGCUAAAAAGCGCAUAACUGCUCCAAAGACAUCAGAAACAAACACGCCACCUCCAGCUUCAUCCAAUGCACCCUCCUCUACCUCAUCCCCAUCCAGGGGCACGGCGCUCUCUUCGCCCCCUUCCUUCCAGAUGCCAGCUCUCUUCAGUGGAUUGCGGGUGCUGAAGAAAGGAGCGGUGGGGGAAGACAGGGAGACGGUGUCCGAGAUCAAACAGAGUGAGAAGGAUGCUGACCUGGCCCUGCUCAGCCUGAAGAAGACGGUAAACAAAGCCAAGCUCUUCCCUGAGCAGACGACAGUCACUCCAGUCAAAAAACACGCCGAGCCUAAACCUGUAAUGGGACACUUGAGUCAGCUGCUCAACGUCGACAACCACGAUGAGACCAAAAAGGCAGAUGUUGGGCAGGAUGCUGGUCCUGAAAACGGCAGAAAAGAAUCUGAGAAUGGAGAAGAGGAUGCAGGAGAGAAAAUCCCAGGCCCAGAAGCCCCCACGUCCCCACCGGAGAAAAAGAAAACCUCAGACUUGGCCUAUGAAACCUUUAAGAGCUUCUUCGGCCCCAAAACUAUCAAAAAGGAAAAAACAGACGAUGUGGACCUGGAGGCCGUGAAAAAGAGAAUCAAGAAUGACAAGGAAAGCCUGAGGUCUAUUUUUGAGAGAACUUCCAAAUCCCCUGGCAAGGAACUCAACAGUCCCACAGAGGCUAAUACGGAGGUCACAUCUCCUACAGACAGUGAGGACCGGACCCCAGGGCGUCUUCAGGCUGUGUGGCCCCCACCCAAACCUAAAGAUGAGGAAGAGAAGGUGGGGCUCAAAUACACCGAGGCAGAGCACCAGGCUGCCCUCUUGCAGCUGAAGAGAGAGUGCAAGGAAGAUUUGGAGAGGAUGCAUUCCGACUUUGAGCUUCAAAUCUUCCAACUGCGAGGUGAGCACGCUGUCUCAAUAGCACAUCUGGAAGGAGUCAUUGCUAAGAUGCAAAGAGACAACGGGUAUAAUACAAGUCAGGACCGGGGCGAGGUCCGCGAUGCUGCUGUGUCCACUGCAGAUGACCUGAAACCCAAGACCUACCGCACCGUGAGUAUCCAGACGGACAGGGAGACCUUCAUCAAGAGCCCUGAGGGUGACAGUGGCGGCCUUGUUCAAAGCCCCAACCAGAAUGUGCCGAAAAGACUCAACUUGGACUCUAUUGGACUAAAUCUAAAAGCUGAAACGGCCCCAGGCAGUUCUGGACCGCCCCCACCUCCGCCUCCGCCUCCCCCCCUCCCACCGGGCCUCUCGGGACCGCCUCCCCCACCCCCACCCCCACCCCCACCUCCUUUGCUAGGCAACACUGGAGCACCGCCCCCUCCGCCACCUCCACUCCCUGGAGGUGGUCCGCCGCCCCCACCACCUCCCCCUCCCCCGCCUGGCCUACCUGGAGCUGGUCCACCUCCUCCUCCCCCUCCUCCAGGCUGUGGCCCGCCACCUCCUCCCCCUAUGGGCUUCAGUUUUGACCAGAAGGUGGAGAAGGCCCCACGGAAACUUGCCAUUGAGCCAGCAUGUCCCAUGAAGCCUCUAUACUGGACCAGGAUACAGAUACAGGACAAUAACAACAACACACUCUGGGGUUCUCUGGAGGAACCAAACAUCGUUGACGCCAAUGAGUUUGAGGAUCUUUUCUCCAAGGCCACACUGCAGCCAGUGAAGAAGCCCCUGGCGGACACCUAUGAGAAGAAAGCCAAAACUAAGAAGAUUAUCAAGCUGCUGGAUGGGAAACGUUCACAAGCAGUCGGCAUCCUCAUAUCGAGCCUGCAUCUGGAGAUGAAGGACAUUAAGCAAGCUGUUCUUACUGUGGACAACUCUGUGGUGGAUUUGGAGACCAUUGAGGCUUUAUAUGAAAAUAGGGCCACCAGUGAUGAGAUGGUCAAGAUAACGAGGCAUUAUGAAAAUUCUAAAGAAGAUGAAGUCAAACUGCUGGAUAAACCUGAACAGUUUCUCUAUGAGCUCUCUCAGAUUCCCGACUUCACGGGCCGAGCCUACUGCAUCAUCUUCCAGUCGGUAUUUCUUGAUACCAUCUCCUCCAUCCGUCGCAAGGUGGAGAUCAUCUCAAAUGUCAGCAAAGAGUUGUUGGAGUGUAAUAGCUUGCGGGAUGUAUUAGGUCUUGUUCUGGCCUUUGGGAACUAUAUGAACGGAGGGAACAGGACAAGAGGUCAAGCUGAUGGCUUCGGACUGGAGAUCCUCCCCAAACUAAAGGACGUCAAGAGCAGGGACAAUCGUAUGAACCUGGUGGAUUAUGUUGUUUUGUACUACCUGCGUAAUUUUGACAAACAUGCCGGCACAGAAAAGAGUGUGUUCCCUAUGCCGGAGCCCCAGGAUUUCUUCCAGGCUGGUCAGGUUAAGUUUGAAGACCUCACCAAGGACAUCAGAAAGCUGAAUAGAGAUCUGACUGCUUGUGAGAAGAGCGUGCAGAAGGUGUGUGCUAACUCAUCAGAGGAAAACCUCCAGCCCUUCAAGGAGAAGAUGGAAGGAUUCAUCUCUGCCGCUCAAAAGGAGCAUUCAGCUGAAGAGGACCGACUCAGUGCAGCGCAGAGAAGUUUCCAGGACAUGGUGAGCUACUUUGGGGUGAAGCCAAAGUCCGGAGAGAAAGAUGUGGCCCCGAGUUACGUUUUUAUGUUCUGGUACGAGUUUUGCAACGACUUCAAGAACUCCUGGAUACGACAGAACAAGAACAUCUCCAAGGAGAGGUUGAAGGAAGCUCAAGAAAACAUCAAGAAGAUCACAGCAGAGAAGAGAGUUGAAACCAAGAAGACCAAUGCCAACAGUCUGAAAGAGAGGCUGCGGCAGAAGGAAGCCAGCGUGUCUUCCAGCUGAGCGAAAGGACUAGUGACGUAGCAGCAGAGAAAUGAUGAGGUUGGUGUAGAUCGCAGAUCAGAAAGUGUGCCGGCCAUAUUUCUCCUGCGUUUUGAUUCGGACUGCCCUCUGUGCACCAUACAGACUCACAAUAAAACCUCGCUGGACACGUACUACUCCCACUGCUGUAUAUCUCUGCUCUACAAACACCCGCCCUUCCCCACCCUAACCUCCACCACCCUGUAUACAUAUGAGCUGGGCCUGCAGCAAGGAUGCAUGGCUGACACAGCCGAAGUGAUGAGAGUCUUCAAGGCCAAAGGUUGAUCUCAUUCAUCCAGCAGGGCACGACCUCUUGAGUGCCCAGCUUGUGAAAGGUCUCAAGGGGUCAGUGGGAUUCCCAACAGCUGACACAUCCAAGAGUUUCCUUCUGGGUCUACAAGAGCUGAGAAACUAUUUCUUUCUCAACUGUAGAUGUUAGACAGCAGAGUGAUAAUGCUCCUAUAUACUCAAAGUGUUAAGAUGUGU